AUGGGCACCGUCAACUCCAACCUCGCCCCAGAACCCAGCAUCGCUAACGAUCCCUCAACAUUCUCCACAUAUCCAACCCCGACGCCCACCGUGACGCUCAAAACACCAUCCUUCUCCUCCUCGUCUUCGCCGCGCGAUAUCGAAUUAAGACGAGCAAGUCUUGCCACCGCCUCCUCCUUUUCUUCUUCAUCAUCUUGGGAAACUCAGUCGUAUCUUCACGGCGCCUGCCUACCCGUCGUCUCGUCAAGCGCAAAGCGGCAACCCACCACCACCCCCACCAUGAUAUCAACAACGUCAAAUCCCUCCUACCCGCCCAACACCAACCCCUUCCCCCACCUCCCCACCGACCUCCUCCUCCUCCUCCUCCAACACCUGCCCCCCUCCACCCUGCACCGCUUCUCCCUCACCUGCCGCCAACUGCACGUCCUCAUCCAAUCCAACACGGAAGCCCUGUACCGCCACCGCGUCCUCACCCGCUUCCGCCUGCAACCCCAACGCGCGCACCACUCGUUCAGGCUACGCCAUGAGGGCAUCCAGGAACAGACCUGGGCCGACAUGUACUGGCGGCUGAGCGUGCUGAGGACGCGGUGGGUCGGGUGGGCUCUCGAUCGCGCCACCAACGCAUUCGAGUGCUACCCCAUGGAGUUUGUGGUCAAAAACGUCGCCGUAGCCGGUGACGAGGGGGGUGUCACCGGGUCCUUAGGGCGUAGCCGGGGCGGGGCCGAACCCACGGGGCGAGGGGGUGCGCAUCGCCGCAACCGGCUCACGCUGUUGGGGAUCUGCCGGUGGCGCACGAUCGCGGACGCCAUCACCAAGGUCAAAGGCACGCUGACGGUCUCGGAGACGCACUCGACGUCGAUCACGUUCAAGGAGACCCAGCUGAUCCGCGGGCCGCCCAACACCGUCGCCGUGCCCAACACAUACACCGCCGAGUGCUUCGGGUCCGUGAUGCUCGGGAUGUACGACCCCAACGCGUCCGCCCACUACCGCGGCGUGUUUGCGUUGGUCAUGGAGGAAUGCUUCUGGGCGGCCCAGGAGGGCGCCGACGAGGUGAUUUCGUUCACGAGCGGGGAGACGCAUUUUGGGGUCGUGACGACGGUGGAUGCCGCGCAGCAGAGGGUCUAUGCGCGGUGUCGGCUGGGGUUUGGCGGUGAUGGGGCGGGCGAGUUUGUGAUGGAGGCGGAUUCGAGAGGCGGACAGGGGAUUCAUCAUCAUGGGGAGCUCAAUGCGGCGGGCGAGCAUGCGGCGCUGGUAACGAUGGCGCAGACACCAGCCGGCGCGUUGCAUUUCAGCCCAAAGGCGGAACCGAGGGCCGUGCAGCCGUGGUGGGCGGUGCCGCCUGUCGCGCCGUGGCCGUGUUUGCCCGAGGGGAGGGUGGACAUACGCAAGGUGGGGAAUGUGGUGUUGGGGAUGUUUGUGGAGCCGGUCAUGGGGUGUUUUUAUAUUGGGUUGUGA